AUGGUCGUUCGCAUAGGCGAUCAUAACUUUACCCGACGCGGGCCUCCAACAUUCAGCGUCAUAGUAGACCGCAUUAUAAUACAUCCGAAAUUCCCUAUCGACGGAGCACCCAUCGGCUUCGACUUCGCACUUCUGAAGCUGAACCAAGUAGUCAUACGAUGUACGUCAACUCCUCCUCUACGCAAGUUAAUACGAUAUACAUUUGAUCAGUUUUUAUCAGUUCAUUAUGGGAACCGUUUUGUGUAUCGUUAUUUAUAGUAUUGUCUUUGGUCAACCAUUUGCAAAUUUUAUAUGUUUUUAAAAUCAAAUUUUUUCCGCUAUCUGCACUGCAAAUUAUUCGGUCAACAGUCAUUUUGAGCUAAAAACAAACUGUCCUAAUAAUGGUCCACUUAGGCCUCUUCGAGUGGGAAAAAAUCGCUAUCUAGAACUUGCCCUAUAGUCAUCAAAAGGUAGGAAGUGAGAAAAAUAUAUCCAUAACAUUCCGGUUGAACAAAAGCCGAAAUUUUCUGACAAGAUCAGAUGACGUUGUGAUCUCGACUAUCUACCUACUUUCCUCAAACUCAUCCAUGGGGUUGAAUCCCGCUAUAGACACGUAAUUGCUACUAUACCUAUUCCCCUAUUUAGAGUCAGAUUGUUCAAAAGAGUUCGUGCAUUAACGAAAGAUCCAUAUCGGUAGCUUAAUUUUGGAACUUUUCCAUAAUUGUCAGUGAUAAUUAUUCGUAAGAAGCAGAGAUGUUAUGAAUUAACAAAUUAACUUGAAAUGUUGACUAAAACCUUUGUCUGCAAAGCUCCCGUGGCGGGGUUCGCUUGUUUGCCAGAACCCAAAUUAAGCCUCCGCGCUGGACAUUUCUGCAAUUUUGCUGGCUGGGGGGACAUUCCGAAUCCACCACAUCAACCACUUCCUGAACAACCGGAAACUCUCAUGGAAGUGCGCGUGCCAAUUGCAAAGACAUCCGAUUGUGAGAAAGCGUUUCCGGUGGUUGAUAAAGAGGCUCACGUCUGCACUGACAACACGUAUGGGGUAAGAAUUACUAUCAGGGCCUGCAAAGAAUGAAUGUAACAAGUUAACUCGUAUGACUUUUGGUCUAUUUAGGGUCUCUGUAUCGGUGACAGCGGAGGCGGACUGCAUUGUUUGGUGAAAAAGAAAUGGAUAUUUUAUGGCCUAGCUUCCUUUACUGACGACAACUGCACGGGAAAGUUCAGCGUCUUUGUACUCAACGGACCGGUGCUCGAUUGGAUCAAACGAACUGUAAUCACAAAUGCUUAA